CAGCAAAUGGAUCGCACCCCAUAUUGUGAUUCGAGGCAUUCAGAAUUAAAUGCGUCGUUCGUCCGAGUAUUUUCAGGUUUUAUCGUUAAAUAAUUAGGAAGUAUGGUCCCUCUCGGCCCAUCGCCGGGCCAUCAAACGUCGGUGAAUAAUUCAUCGAGUGCGACUGCCAGCGGAACGAAAAACGCGAUAUUGAAAUCUAACUAUGCAUUGAAGUAUACUUUAGCGGGUCACACAAAGGCAGUCUCAUCUGUUAAAUUCAGUCCUAAUGGAGAAUGGUUAGCCAGCUCAGCUGCUGAUAAACUUAUCAAAAUCUGGGGCUCCUAUGAUGGAAAGUUUGAGAAAACUAUAGCUGGUCACAAACUUGGUAUUUCUGAUGUGGCAUGGUCUAGCGACAGUAGGUUGCUUGUAUCAGCUUCUGACGAUAAGACCUUAAAAAUAUGGGAAUUAAGUUCCGGGAAAUGUCUAAAAACAUUAAAAGGUCAUGGUAAUUAUGUUUUCUGUUGUAAUUUCAAUCCACAAUCCAAUCUUAUAGUUUCUGGUUCCUUUGAUGAAAGUGUACGUAUUUGGGAUGUAAGAAGUGGAAAGUGCCUUAAAACUUUGCCGGCACAUUCAGAUCCCGUAAGUGCGGUACAUUUCAAUAGGGAUGGCUCUCUAAUUGUUUCAAGUAGCUAUGAUGGAUUAUGUCGAAUUUGGGACACUGCUUCAGGACAGUGUUUGAAAACUCUGAUAGAUGAUGACAAUCCUCCAGUAUCAUUCGUUAAAUUUUCACCGAAUGGCAAAUACAUUUUGGCAGCAACAUUGGAUAAUACAUUAAAGCUAUGGGAUUAUAGUAAAGGAAAAUGCUUGAAAACAUAUAGCGGUCACAAAAACGAGAAAUAUUGCAUCUUUGCAAACUUUUCUGUUACCGGUGGAAAGUGGAUUGUAUCUGGUUCUGAAGAUCAUAUGGUGUACAUUUGGAAUCUACAAACGAAAGAGAUUGUGCAAAAACUGCAGGGACAUACAGAUGUGGUACUUUGCACAACGUGUCAUCCGACGGAUAACAUUAUAGCUUCAGCCGCUCUUGAAAACGACAAAACUAUCAAGUUAUGGAAAAGCGAUACAUAAGAAUUAUUUGCAAAUUCGUCGCUGUUUAACUAAUUGCUGUACAAUCUUUGU